AUGCCUGCCGCCUGCCGCUGCCUCUUCCUGCUGCUCCUGUCAGCCUGUGUGGCUCUGUUGCUGCAGCCGCCACUGGGUACCCGGGGGGCCCCGCUGGAGCCAGUGUAUCCGGGGGACGAUGCCACACCAGAGCAGAUGGCCCAGUACGCGGCUGAGCUCCGCAGAUACAUCAACAUGCUGACCAGGCCCAGGUAUGGGAAAAGAGACAGAGGAGAAAUGCGGGACAUCCUGGAAUGGGGCUCCCCCCAUGCAGCCGCCCCCAGGGAGCUGAUGGACGAGUAAUGCCACCUCCAAGUAAUGCCACCUCUGCCUCUCAGGCCAAUGCCAGCCUACCUCUCCCCUCUGCACCCCUGGCCAAAGCUUGCUCCCUGCUCUCACACACAGACUAAAUAAAGCAAGUCAAAGUCAUAGCUUCUGUGGGUGUGUG